AUGAAGUUUACCAAGCAGUUCUCAGCCAUUGUCUUCAUCGCGGGGCCAACUGCUGCCCAAAGCACGUCGGAUCUAUACUCGAUACUCCCGAUCGACUUGACCGCAUCUGUUACCCUUCCGGUUGAGAGUGGCGGCACAGCCUCUGCCUGCCCGACCGUCACGGAGGUGACGGAAAGCUGCGCCACUUGCCCGGUGCCGCAGUGCCUCACAGUGUCCACCCUGACGCAGUCCUGCGGCUGCCCUACCCCGGUGCUGACGGAAUAUGUCUCUAUUCCAUGCAGAAACCCCUGUGCCCGCGUCGGAUGCAGCACCAGCUACACCAUCAUCCCGGGAGAGGAAUCAUGCGGCGGUACCGGAGGAAGUGGAACUGCCACCGUCACGGCGUCGGUGACGCGAUCGACCACUGUCGCGGUGACAUCUACCGAGACACCCGGAACAGGAUCUGGUGCGGCGACAGAGACGGGAUCCGGCGCAUCGACCUCGGCGGCUUCCAGUUCUCCGACACCGAACGCUGCGAGAAGGCUGGGCGUUCCGUUCAAGUUUUGGUAG